GAUUACAACCAUAGGUACCUACCUAAUUCAAAGGACUUCCGUCGCUCGAGCCCUACAGAAGAAUCACAGACACAAGGGACGUAAGAUAGACAGACAGAUAAACAAGACCUACCUGCUUAUCAUCCUAUCCACUCAUCGAUCCAUCGAUCCAUCCGUCACAAUGCCUGUCACCAACAUUGUCUGGCUUACGAGCACUGCCGAUGCAUUUACGCCGGCGAAUAAGGCCGCGAUGGGUGGUGCCUUCAACGCACAAGCGGACUGGGUCGGCCGCAACGUGCCCUCGGCCCCAACCGAUCGGGAAGCGCGCGGCGUGGCCCUGUUCCAGCAGGUCGAGGACCCGCGCGUGGUAAUGGAGACGGCGCACUGGUCCUCGAGCGACGAGCACAACGCUUGGCUCGCCUCGGACGAGUACAAGGAGAGCUCGGCGCCCCUCGGCGCCCACUUCGACUUUGGCAAGCUCGAGUACUUCCACCUGGACUCGGACGUCUUCCGUCCCGUCGACGCCGAGCAAGAACAAGAGUCGCUGCUGCGGAGCCCGUUCAUCAGCGUCGGCAGGGUCCUGAUACCCGCGGACAAAAGGGAGGACUUUGCCAAGGCCUGGGACGGCGGGAAGACGAUCCUCGAGGACUUUGUGAAGCCUCGGGUCGUCAGGUCUAGCUUCCGCGUCCAGAAGCAGGACCCCGAGACCGACGAGUUUGUCUUCUUCGUUGGAUGGCCGGCCGUGGAGAAGCACGGCGAGUUCGGAAAGUCGUCGCGUUUUGCCGAAUAUGCUGCCCCCUUACAGUCGCUUGCCAAGGGCUUGGAUGUAAAGCAUUAUAAGCGAAUUCUAUAACAUUUAUAUCACAGCACAAGGAGUUCUGUAAAAUAUUUAUCUUGUGCAAUACGGAAACUUAGAUCUCGUCUCGCGAUUAGCGCAUUCAAUAUUUUGGGACUUUUACUAAACUUAGUCACAGUACGAUGAUUAACGGUGAGUUUGCUUCUUAACACUAGAGGGAGCUGGCGUGCAAUUUAAGCACUUUGAACUGAUGCAGCCUGUCUUAAUAGAGAAGUCGCAUGUCAUAUCUCAUGUCUGG